AUGAGCAGCACACGGCGCACCGCGACAUCAACGUCGUUCCAACAACUGUUCAGUGUGUCGCGGAGUCCUAGCACGAGUGUACAGCGCCAAAGUCGUCUCUCUCCGAACCGUAGCACGACUCGCACCCGUGUCAGAAAAAGCCGCUCGUCCACUCCGAACCACAGCAAGUUCAGCAGCCGUGUGAUGGAUGUGACGCCUCUCUUCAGUGUGGAAGGCGCCGUGCGUCACGUGGAGGUUGUGAGCGACCACGUUGCGUGGACGGCCGACACUGACGGCUCGAUUCGUGCCCGUGCCGUUCCAAAGGGGACGGAGAUGAGGGUGCUGGAGGGUCGUGCGGGUGCCUUCUGCACGUGUCUGCUUUUUAUUGAACAAACGGGCAAGGUGUGGGCGGCAUUUAGCGACGGGUUCAUCCGCGUCCAUGACGUCGCCAGCUUUGCACUGGAGGGUGAGUUUCUACAGCACGAUGGGGCAGUGGAGUGUAUGGUUGAGAUGGAGGGGUGCGUCUACACUGGUGGCCGGGACUGGAAGAUAUACCGUUGGGAUAAGACUACUUGUCAGUACGAGCGGCUGUUCUUCGGCCACAGCAAUACCGUCCGCUGCUUCUGCCCGUAUUCUGGCGCGACGGGCGGCGUGCUUUUCUCGGGGAGCGACGACGGCACGGUGAGGGCGUGGGACCCCUACGCCCCUGUAGAGAUGACGAAAGACGAGAAGACGUGCAUGCACACGUUUGUUGGGCACUCGCUGGGAGUCCUUGCGCUUGAGCUUGUUGCUCCGAACAAUCAGUUGUGGUCCGCCGGGGAGGACGCCACAAUACGUGUGUGGGAUCUUCAAACAUUGCAGUGCGUCAAGGUGCUGCGUGGCCACUCUGCGCCGGUCAGCUGCUUGACGCUUGUAGAUCACCGUGUGUGGAGCGGCGACAAGCACGGGCGAAUGCUGCUGUGGAGCCCCAAGGCACUCGCACCGGUGCAGGACCUGUCGCAGUUGGCGCAGCUGGGACACACAUCGGUGCUCGCCAUCCGCAAGAUUGUGCCGACUGUUGCGUGGAAGGUAUGGAGCACAGGGUCUGCCGGCCAUAUUCAGUGCUGGAACGCCGAGUCUGUGCCGAUCGUGCUUGAAGCCGACUCACUGGGCGAGAUUGCCCCACUGCCAAGAGAGGGAGAGGGGGAAAAGGGUGUGACCGCCAAAGCCCAUGAGGAUAUUGGGGCGUUGCGCAGCGAAGUGACGAGGCUGACGAAGCUGUUGGAGUCUGAGCGCCGUAGAGCGAAGCUUGAACUGUUCCAUGAGAAGCAGUCCCAGCAGGCGCUGAGGGACGACAACACGCCACUACGACAGAAACUGCGCGAUCGACGCCCACCUGACGGCGGUGCGGCGACGGACGAAGGAGAUCUUACAUCGCGAGUGGGUUCAGAUCCUGCCCGUCCGCGUUCCUGUGAGCUGACAACGAUGCCGGGCGAUAAUGUGGGGUAUGGUGGUAGUGCCGGUGCAUGUGAUACCCCCAGUUUGACCGCUAUGACGGUCCUGGGGGAGUCUGGCUGUGAAGGAUCGGUGGCAGUGCUGAGGGCUGUAGAAGCAAGGCUUGCUGACACGGAGGAAGAGUACGCUGCGUUGCAAACGUUCGUUGACAGCCGUCUGAAGCCGCUGAUCUCGCGGCUGAAGCGCACAAACGGCGAGAAGGACCUCGACCUGCGNUGGUGA